UUGCUAGAUGACUCGGAGCCCGCGGUCUUGCCAGAUGACUCGGUGCCCGUGGUCUUGCCAGAUGACUCGGUGCCCGCAGUCUUGCCAGACGAUCCAAUGCCUGAUGACCCAGUGCCCACUGUGAUGCCUGGUGACCUGAUGCCCGCUGUCGUGCCUGACGAUUCAAUGUCUGAUGACCCGGUGCCCGCUGUUGUACCUGGUGACCCGAUGCCCGCUGUCGAGCCAGAUGGCCCGGUGCCUGCCGCCCUGCCUGGUUGCCCGGUGCCCCCGCCGCUCCACCUGGGGGCCCGGUGCCUG